GUUCGAAUCCUGCCGACUACGGCCGGAGCUCCCCGAGCUCCGUGCACCUUUUAACUCCCCAUUUAUUUAUUUUUUUUUUAAUUCCCGCACGCCCUACGGGCGGCACGGCAGCCGAAGGGGGACCCCUCCCGGUCCCUCCCCGUGCCCCCGGUACCGCGGCGGGCUCGGGGGCUCCUCCCCUGCCGGCUGGGGUGGCAGCGGGUGGCGCCGGCGGUAAGAUGGCGGACGAGCUGGAGCUGCUGCUGGACGAGGUGGAGGCGCGGCUCUGCCGCCUGUCGGCGCCGGGGGCGGCCCACGGCCCGCUGCGAGGCGGCCGGGAGGAUGAGGAGGGCGAAAAGGAGGAGGAAGGGGCGGCGGCGAAGGGCAGAUCAGCUAAAAUGUUAAUGAGUCCUGGCAGCAGUGAUGAAGAUAUAGAUGACGUUAUUGAUGAAAUCUGUAACGACAGCUUUGCCAAAAUGCCUCCAAAAUUGAAAUCUAAUUCUGCAAGACUCACACCUGAGAACAAUAGUGCUGCUGUACAGAUUCAUAGGAGAAGGUGCUGUCCAGUGUACCUGGGUGGAAGCUCUUCACCGAAUGGCAUAGGAACAAAUAUUUCAAAAAGAACAUGUGAUCAGCUACGUUGCACUGCUUGUGACUUCCGCGUGUCACUUUUCAAUGACUACAUCUGGGAUCAGUCCUGUGAUUAUCUUUUUUUCAGGAAUAACAUGCCUGAGCUCAGUAAACUAAGAGCAAAGAUGAUAAAGAAGAAAGGAUCGCGAGCAUACGCUUGUCAGUGCAGCUGGAGAUCCAUUGAUGAAUUAACUGACCUCCAAACAGACCAGCAGCUUCGGUGGGUUUGUGGUAAACAUGCAGAAUGAAGGCUUCUUGUGUGUGGCACCUGAUUCUGUAUGGAAACAGGUCACAGGCUCCGUUUCCUACACAGUUUUCAGACAACAGACGGAAACCUGAAUAUUUAUAUCUAGAAAUAGAUGGCAACACCCAGAGUUCAAUCCAAAAGCAUUUUUUCACUUUGUCUUUCAAGCAAUAUGAGGAGUUAAAUUAAUGGAAGAAGCAACCAAUUUGGAGGCUUUCUGGAGACUAAAUGAGGUUAAAGCUCACAUUCAACAGCGUUAAAGGAAGGAAGGAAAUCAACAGAUUAAGGCACAGGGCAAAGAGCAUGUUCCUCUUAUCUGGAAGAGAGCCUUAUUUCUCCUGUCUGCAAAAUGUUGGACUCAAAGAAAAAAGUGGGCCAAGAUACAGCCAUUUCACACAAGCAUAUGAAUUUCUACACAGAAAUUAAUACUGUUCUGCUUUUCUCGUAGCUGUUAAUGAACAAAUGGUUGUAGAUCUCUUUAAAAGUAAGCUACAAGAUCAGCUCUCAUCUCAGAGGUUUUAGCACACCCCAAAACUUUGUUUUAGCCAACAGCAGCCAAAAACUGCAGGUGUUGGAAAUUUCCUUCCAGUUUGUACUGCUUUCUUCAAAGCGCUUUCUGCUGACGCGGGACUUUUACUACAGUGAAUUUCUUGGACUUCCCUUCAGCCUUCACUGCAAGAGAUGAACAGGUUAUUGUGCAAUUAUUAAAUAUUUUAUAAUUUUAAAGAUACUCUGAAAAGUAUAUGACACCUAUCAAUAUUUUCAAGGGAAAAAAGGUACAGGCUUUGAAGAGUGAGAAAAAAUAUAUAUCCCCACUGAAUUUCAAAUUUAUCUUUUUAAGUUUCACUUAGUUUUCACUUCAGCUUCACUUCAAAAUAUUACAUAUUCAGAAAGUGUAACUGUCCUGUUGCGACACACUCCCUUCCCCCAAUAACUUCAUAAAACUACUUCCAGUAUCUUGUUACGUGGUGAAUUGUCUUGAUUACAAUUAAUACUGUGUACCUUAUGAGCUCGUUUUCAUUUUGUGUAAGUAACACAGGAAAUGGGUUUGGGUUUGGGGAGAGGAGAAAGAAGGUAAGAAUUACCACUGCUGGCAAUCAUUACAUUCAAAAGUGUCCCAAAAUGGGAAGUCUGCUUGUAUUUUUGGUAUGUGAAACUGUACCAAUAAAUUCAAAAUUACUUGCUUUGUACAAAUUGUAGGGAUACAGAUCAUUCCAGUUUUUGUUAAGUUUUGUUCAUGGCCCUAAUCCGUUCAUGAUCAAUCUGCUCUUUUUCUGAGCUUUUUCAAAAAAAUUGCAUGGUCUUUCUUUCAGAAGUCAUCUCUUGAAUCUGUAGCCUUGUCUGUACCCCUCGGAAAGAGCAGAUCCUGGUAGUGACCAGAGGCAUAAUGUACUGUGUGUCUUGCACUUUUGUGAGUGUUUUUUAGAGCCUGUGGAGGACCUGCAGUCCAAUAUUGGAAGUAAGUGUUCCUGAGUUUUCUCAGGUGUGUCUGAGGAAUUUCCAUUACUGGAGAACACCAAUGUGUUCAUGGUAAGAGAAGAACACAGCAGUAGUACUUAAUUUUCUAGCAAGCUCUGGAAAAGAAGAAAAUCCAUUCUUCUUCCUGAAGAAGAAUGAAUUUCAAAAAGUGCUAAGUUUCUGUGGCUCACCUGUCCCAAGGCCAUUUGAGGCUGCUGACCAAGUAGCCCCAUGGGAUGCUGUUUUGGCCUGGAUUUCCACUGGAAGUUGUGCCAUAAUGUGGGGAACAAGUUAGGCUUGCAACUUGUGAGCAGCAAUCAGGGGAAGUCCUAACAGGCAUCUCAGUUCAUGAGACCCAGUCUCAUGUGACUUGGAACAGAAGCAUUUCUCCUCUAGCCUGUUUUAAACAAACACACAGAAAUAGUCACCCCCCUCUGGAACAGUUUGCACGACCAAGCAUGUGGAGCAACCCAGGCAGAAACAAAGUUCAAGGCAUCCUUCUUAGUGAUUUUAAUGACAAGAAGACGGCCUGAAGCGCUUGAAAAAGGGAGGCUAAGAAGGAAUUGAGACAAAAGGACUAAGAGUGUAAGAGAAGUGAACACAAUUGUCACAAGUAUCAAUUGAUACCAGUAGUCAGUAAUACUCCUGGGUCAUCUCAUCCCUAUUCUUCUGUUAGCCUAGAGAGUUGCAGAAACACGGUGCUCUCUUGAGAGAUUGUUAUCAAGCAAUCAUAUCACUAACACCAUUAAGACCACUCUGAGCCCUGAAAAUGUUAGAAGAUAGUCUUUAUUGGUAAAUGUAUAUGGGAACCUGAGCAUUCCCUGAACUCAUCAUGUUUAUUCAAGUGUACUUGGUUCUGGCCUUGAUUAGAGUGGUGGGAUAUGACAACAAUUUGUCCAGGUGAAGUUUUAAAUGUGCAGAAAUGUGCUUAUUGUAUGGCUUUCCAUUACAGAAUUCAGCACAUUCCAAGAUCUGAGAAUAGUUAGUGUGUCAUUAAAUGUAAUUAUUUUGUUGGAAAGAAGAGUAGCUUUCAGUAUUUGAUUCCCCUACUUUUGCUUUCUUCAGUGGUAGAUGUUACAAACCACUCCAAAGCCUUCCAAUGAAAAGAAUGUAAAGAAAUGUAAAAUCGCAGCUUGCAUGUCAAUUUGAUGGUAUUAUAAGAUUGCAGAAGGGUUCUCAAGAUGUAGCCCAGACCUUAUAUGAUACUUCCGUGUCAGUUAUCUGAGAUAGCAGGGAUUAUAUAAAGAAUUUUGUUGAAGAAUGCCAUUCAGCUGUUGUCAAAUGGAAGUACUGGGGAACAGUUUUGCCAAGUAUAAAUGUGACCAUUGUUUUCCUCCAGUUUUUGCUUCAGAAGAAAUAAUACCAUUUCUGUUUGUGAAGCGGGCAAGGUGAAAACUUGAGACUUUCUUUGGGCUUGGGUGGUAUGCUUGGAAAUUUUCUAGCCUGCAGCUUUAGUCUGUAGCAGAUCCCUCAACAAAACAGAAGCAAUGAAGUAUGACAAAAGAAGAAUCCACUUAGAAAUGUAGCCAGUGGUUUAAUGUCUUACCAACUUCUCCAAAUCAGUGUUCCUGCACUACU